AAUAUUUUCAUCUAUCCCUCUCGCUUGGUGGUCAUGGAAGAAGAAAGAGAAACUUCAACGAUGACUUGCUUGACGCCCAAGGAUCCACUUCAAAGCCCUAACAUGUUGGUUAGUCAACCAAAAAAGGAGACAACAACACAAACCCCUAAAACGACACGAGGAAGACAGAAGAUAGAGAUCAAGAUAAUCGAGGAAGAGACCAAGAGACAAGUAACGUUCUCGAAACGCCGUCGUGGGCUGUUCAAGAAAUCCGCUGAAUUGAGCGUUCUCACGGGCGCAAAAAUCGCCGUCAUAACGUUCUCUAAAUGCGGUAGGAUCUACAGAUUUGGCCAUGUAGACGCAUUGAUAGACAAGUAUCUUCGUAAGAGUCCGGUGAAGUUGGAGGGAUAUUCCGGUGACAACGUGGCGGAUGAGGAAAGUAGGAGACCGUGGUGGGAGCGGCCGGUGGAGAGUGUACCAGAAGAGGAGCUUGAAGAGUACAUGGCAGCAUUGAGUAUGUUGAGAGAAAAUAUAGGGAAAAAGAUCGUUGCGAUGGGUAACGAUCGGACGGUUGAGAUGGUUCCGGCAUGGCCAAUCAAUGUGAUGGGUUGGAAACCAACGAUGGAUAUGCAAAACUUGGAAAAUCUGUCGGAUGGGAUCACUCGAUGUCGUGUAGGUGAUCAAAACGGUGAUUGAUUGGUCACUCGUGAAGUAUUCCUCUAAUGAAUUUCUAAAAUAUUU